CUAAAACCACUGAAAUCUUCAUUACAAUAACCACAAUGGCGAAUUCUCAACUGGCAACAUUCUUCGUCUUACUGAUUGCCAGCUUCAACCUUUGCAGUUGCUUCCGCUAUUCCUCUCUCCUUGGAGAGUGCAGUCCGAGUGGGUACUUACGCGGCAAGGCCGGCCACUGCAACAGGGAAAACUACUCUGAUUGCUGCAAGCCUGGCAAAAUGUACCCACAAUACCGCUGCUCACCGCCUCUGACCGGAAACACUCGCGCCACCAUGACCAUCAACAGCUUUGCCAAAGGUGGGGAUGGCGGAGGUCCUUCGGAGUGCGACAACAAGUACCACAAUGAUGACGAGUUGGUGGUAGCUCUUUCUACCGGGUGGUACCAUCAUGGUAGCCGUUGCUUAAAGAAUAUUAAGAUCAAUGCAAAUGGUAACUCUGUGUUAGCCAAAGUGGUUGACGAGUGUGAUUCUGUUAAUGGCUGCGACGACGAGCAUGACUUCCAACCACCAUGUCCCAAUAAUAUAGUGGAUGCAUCGCCCGCUGUGUGGAAGGCAUUGGGCAUCCCUGGUUCAGAUGGUGAUUAUGAGAUCACCUGGUCUGAUGAGUGAUCUCUCGCAAGCAAAAGAUACUUCAGGGACUUUGUGGAGUUAAAUUUGAAUGUGUCUGUGAUGUCCGUAGUUUGCAUGUCUGUAUGGAUGGUAGUAUGGUAAUCUAGUCUGUCUCUUGGUCAUCCAGUAUGAGUACAUGAGAAUAUUUAUGCAGCAAGCUCUAUUG